ACUGAGACGAAAGAAGGUAAGCCGAAACAAAAGAAAAUCAUAAAGCGUAUUAUUAAGAAACGGGUAGGGCCUAAAGUUGAAACAACACAAAUCACUACUGAGCAAGAAGACGACAAACAACCAGUCGUUUCAAUUCAAACCACAGAGGAACUCAUAGAUGACACGACUACACCGCUCUCAGAAAUCACUCCAGACACUGCUCAGGUCGUUGAAGAAACCCCUGAGAAAGUACACAUUACACAAGUCAAAACUGAAACCGGCGAUGUCCAAACCGUUAAAACCACUAAGCGAAUAAUCAAAAAGAGAAAAGGACCUAAGGAAGAAGUCACCGAAAUCACUACAGUCCAAAAAGACGACGAGGCCCCUGUUACAAGUGUUACUGUAGUAGAAGAAACUACCCCCGAAGAGAGCAAGCCGGAAGAAGUUAUUGAGUUGCCUGAAGAGGUAACAGUUGAGGAAACUAAGACGAAAGAAGGUAAGCCAAAACAAAAGAAAAUCACAAAGCGCAUUAUUAAAAAGCGGAAAGGACCUAAAGUCGAAACUACACAAAUUACUACUGAGCAAGAAGACGAAAAACAACCAGUCGUUUCAAUUCAAACCACAGAGGAACUCAUAGAUGACACGACUACACCGCUCUCAGAAAUCACUCCAGACACUGCUCAGGUCGUUGAAGAAACCCCUGAGAAAGUACACAUUACACAAGUCAAAACUGAAACCGGCGAUGUCCAAACCGUUAAAACCACUAAGCGAAUAAUCAAAAAGAGAAAAGGACCUAAGAAAGAAGUCACCGAAAUCACCACAGUCCAAAAAGACGACGAGGCCCCUGUUACAAGUGUUACUGUAGUAGAAGAAACUACCCCCGAAGAGAGCAAGCCAGAAGAAGUUGUUGAGUUGCCUGAAGAGGUGACUGUAGAGGAAACUGAGACACAUGAAGGUAAGCCAAAAAUAAAGAAAAUCACAAAGCGCAUUAUUAAAAAGCGGAAAGGACCUAAAGUCGAAACUACACAAAUUACUACUGAGCAAGAAGACGACAAACAACCAGUCGUUUCAAUUCAAACCACAGAGGAACUCGUAGAUGACACGACUACACCACUCUCAGAUAUUACACCAGACACUGCUCAGGUCGUUGAAGAAACUCCUGAGAAAGUACACAUUACACAAGUCAAAACUGAAACCGGUGAUGUCCAAACCGUUAAAACCACUAAGCGAAUAAUCAAAAAGAGAAAAGGACCUAAGGAAGAAGUCACCGAAAUCACCACAGUCCAAAAAGACGACGAGGCCCCUGUUACAAGUGUUACUGUAGUAGAAGAAACUACCCCCGAAGAGAGCAAGCCGGAAGAAGUUAUUGAGUUGCCUGAAGAGGUAACAGUUGAGGAAACUGAGACGAAAGAAGGUAAGCCGAAACAAAAGAAAAUCAUAAAGCGUAUUAUUAAGAAACGGGUAGGGCCUAAAGUUGAAACAACACAAAUCACUACUGAGCAAGAGGAUGACAAACAACCAGUCGUUUCAAUUCAAACCACAGAGGAACUCAUAGAUGACACGACUACACCGCUCUCAGACAUCACUACAGACACUGCUCAGGUCGUUGAAGAAACCCCUGAGAAAGUACACAUUACACAAGUCAAAACUGAAACCGGCGAUGUCCAAACCGUUAAAACCACUAAGCGAAUAAUCAAAAAGAGAAAAGGACCUAAGGAAGAAGUCACCGAAAUCACCACAGUCCAAAAAGACGACGAGGCCCCUGUUACAAGUGUUACUGUAGUAGAAGAAUCUACCCCUGAAGAAAGCAAGCCGGAAGAAGUUAUUGAGUUGCCUGAAGAGGUGACUGUAGAAGAAACUGAGACACAGGAAGGUAAGCCAAAACAAAAGAAAAUCACAAAGCGUAUUAUUAAGAAAAGGGUAGGACCUAAAGUCGAAACUACACAAAUCACUACUGAGCAAGAAGACGACAAACAACCAGUCGUUUCAAUUCAAACCACAGAGGAACUCAUAGAUGACACGACUACACCGCUCUCAGAAAUCACUCCAGACACUGCUCAGGUCGUUGAAGAAACUCCUGAGAAAGUACACAUUACACAAGUCAAAACCGAAACCGGCGAUGUCCAAACCGUGAAAACCACUAAGCGAAUAAUCAAAAAGAGAAAAGGACCUAAGCAAGAAGUCACCGAAAUCACCACAGUCCAAAAAGACGACGAGGCCCCUGUUACAAGUGUUACUGUAGUAGAAGAAACUACCCCCGAAGAGAGCAAGCCGGAAGAAGUUAUUGAGUUGCCUGAAGAGGUAACAGUUGAGGAAACUGAGACGAAAGAAGGUAAGCCGAAACAAAAGAAAAUCGUAAAGCGUAUUAUUAAGAAACGGGUAGGACCUAAAGUCGAAACUACACAAAUCACUACUGAGCAAGAAGACAACAAACAACCAGUCGUUUCUGUUCAAACCACAGAGGAACUCAUAGAUGACACAACUACACAACUCUCAGAUAUCACACCAGAUACUGCUCAGGUCGUUGAAGAAACCCCUGAGAAAGUACACAUUACACAAGUCAAAACCGAAACCGGCGAUUUUCAAACCAUUAAAACCACUAAGCGCAUAAUCAAAAAGAGAAAAGGACCUAAAGAAGAAGUCACCGAAAUCACCACAGUCCAAAAAGACGACGAGGCCCCUGUGACAAGUGUUACUGUAGUAGAAGAAACUACCCCCGAAGAGAGCAAGCCAGAAGAAGUUGUUGAGUUGCCUGAAGAGGUGACUGUAGAGGAAACUGAGACGAAAGAAGGUAAGCCGAAACAAAAGAAAAUCACAAAGCGAAUCAUU